CGUCAGAGGGCGCGGCUGUGAUUGGCUCUCCGGGCUCCACGCCUCCGGAAAGGGUCGUUGUCCAAGCCGCUCCGUUAGCUCUUUUAGCUGUAGCUGGCUGAGGCGGUUUGCUUGCAGGCUGGUCAGUGCUAUGAGGGCCGAGAUGAUGAUUUACAUCUUCUGGUGACAAAGUUGGCGCCAUGCAGAGACGCCACAGCAGCAACACGGACGGCAUGCCGCCUGAAAGGAACAGGAGUCAAACUCUAGGGUCGGAGAGCAGCCUGGAUGAAGGAGGGGUAUUCGAUUGCCUGAAGCCAGACUCACCCACCUCUCCCCAGCAGCUCUUCUCUGGGCUGGUGGGGGUCUCUGCUGGCACUGUAACCUCAGCCCCCUUCCAGGCUGCUGGACUCGUCCUGGGAUCUCCUCCAGAGGUCUUCAUCCAAAUGACUGCCUCGUCCAGGGAGGAAGGCCCUCACCGGGCAGAGAGCACGCCUUACCAUCCCCGCCCUCCACAGCACCACCAUCACCAUCACCACCAUCAUUUCCACCAGUCUGGACAGCACCGCUCCUCCCUGCUCCAUUCUGCCUCCUCAACUGAGAGACAUGGUAGCAGAGAUGAUGGAGGUGAUGAGGCCUCCGCCCCUGCUCCUGCUCUCUCUGAGCUCAAAGCUGUGGUCACAUGGCUGCAGAGAGGACUGCCCUUCAUCCUCAUCCUCCUCGCUAAAGUCUGCUUCCAGCACAAACUUGGUAUUGCUGUAUGCAUCGGCAUGGCCAGCACAUUUGCCUUUGCUAAUUCUACUCUAAAGCACCAGGUGUCACUCCGAGAGGAGAGGUCUGUUUUCAUCACUCUGUGGAUCCUGCUGUUUCUGGCAGGCAACAUUGUCUAUGUGUACUACACUUUCAGUGCUGAGGAGCUCUACAACAGCCUUAUUUUUGCCAAGCCGAACAUCAGCAGCUAUGAUUUCUUCGAUCUGAUCUGGGUGGUUGGAAUCACAGACUUUGUACUGAAGUACAUCACCAUUGCUGUCAAGUGCCUCGUUCUCUUCCUGCCUAAGAUCCUCCUUGCAUUCAAAUCAAGAGGGAAGCUCUAUUUGCUGAUCGAGGAGCUGAGUCAACUGUUCCGGGCUUUGGUUCCCAUCCAGAUGUGGUACAAGUACAUCAUGGGGGAAGAUCCAUCCAGCAGCUAUUUCCUGGGUGCAUCGUUGAUUAUUAUCUACAGCCUUUGCAAGUCGUUUGAUCUUUGUGGGAGAAUAUCAGGCAUUCGGAAAGCAUUCGUUGUUCUGUGUAGCUCUCAGACGUAUGGUAUGAGAGCCAGCAGUCAGCAGUGCAGUGAAGCAGGAGAUGUGUGCGCGAUCUGCCAGGCUGAAUUCAGAGAGCCAAUCGCUCUGCUCUGCCAGCACGUGUUCUGUGAGGACUGCCUUUGUCUGUGGUUCGACCGUGAACGAACCUGUCCGCUGUGCCGUGCAGUAGUUGUGGAGACGCCUCGCAGCUGGAAGGACGGCACCACCUCUGCUCACUUUCAGAUCUACUGACCACAGCGAGUAUCCGGCACAGCGAGCUGGUGGGCUGGGAGGGGAACACAGUCGGUGCACAAGGAUUUUUUUAUAAUGUAUUAUGAUGCCUGGCAAAAGUACCAUCCUAAUCUGUCCUUGCUGACCAUGAAACUACUACUAUGUACGCGACUCAGAGGUCAUGACUUUUUGAUUUCGUAUAUUUUAUUCAUGUGGAAAUGAGUGGAAUUUGAGUGAAGUAUUACAUGAAUGAAUGAAGUACAUUCAGUGCAUCACCUUAUUUUCAGUUUCUGAUAUUAUAAAAUAUGAUUGUUUUAUUUAUUUAUCCAUUUUAACAUGGACUGUGCCGUCCACAGCUGUUGCAAGUAAUAAAGCCCAGAUUUGAUUACUCAAAACUUUUCCACUUAACUGGGGGAAUCAAAUGAAAAAAGUGAAAAUAUGUUGACAGAUCCUCUACAGACGACGUAAAUAUGGAACUUUUUGAACAGUUUUACAGAAGUUCAGAGAGGUCAUGAGCUGUUGCUAUCUUGAUGCACCAAGGUAAGUAACUCAUGAUCUCAAGAUAACAACUUUGCUGUCUUGAGAUCACAAGAUAAUUGACUUGUUAUCUUAAGAUAAUCUUGAGAGAGUCUUAAUCUCGAGAUAACAAAAAACAAAGAAGUUGUUAUUUCAAGGUAACAGUUUUGCUAUCUUGGAAUAACAGGAUAAUUAACUCAUCUCAAAAUAACAAUCCAGAAAAUUAUAACUGCCUCAUGGCCUCUCUAGACUUCUGUAAAUUUAUAUAUAUAUAUAUAUAUAUAUAUAUAUAUAUAUAUAUAUAAUAAAAUAACGUGCUAUGUUUGUAUAGGUUUGUACAUUCUAAUUUGUUAAAUUCAGUAAAUAAAAGUAAUUCUGUGUCCUCUGUAGAGGAUAAUCUUAUUUUCACCUAAUAAAAAACAACACAUCAUGUCAUCGAACACAGAAAAAUCCACUAAACAGCCAUUCUAUCCAUUCUAAACAGCAAACCUCACUCAUUAGCUCCCUUCAAGUCUACGUAAAUAGCCCUGAUGUGUCUCCCUCUUGUUUAUAAUGCUUCCACAAAACAAAGGUAAAAAUUCUUGUCACUGGGGUGGUCCGCUCUCAGUACCUUCAGUCAGCGAACAUAACUGUACCAAAAUCCAUUGAAAUCAUAUUUUCUAAGUUGUAUCGACUCCACACCCCCCGUCUCAUCUCCAGCCUUUUUAUUUUAUUGCUCCGUUUUAAAUCAUUAGAUUAUGAAAAAGUACAAAUGUGUACUUUUCACCUGGACAGAGUUAUUUAAGCUGCAUAAUUGGACCUUAAAACCACUGCUGUACCUUUUGAGGAUACAUUUACAUUGUUUGUACCUUGAUGAACGAAAAAUGUACCUGCGCAGAACCUUUAUUACUGACAGUGAAUGCUAGUGGCUGGAAUCUUAACUUGACGUAAUGUCAAAUGUGGCAUCGUCCUUUUUUUAUUCAUUGAUGAGUCAUUUUUGUAUGACAGGCCUAUUAACUUUGUCUGUGCACUGGGGACAGUAAGUAAAUCCACCACUGUUAUUGCGGUACAUAACAUAAUACAUCUUCACUGAAUAAAGAAAAGCCUCUUUGUUAUGUAUCGUUGCCCUCUGCUGUUGCAGCCUAUUCCCAAGCAGCACCACAACACGGGGCUUUUAAGCCAAAAUGAGUUAAAUGGCACUGUAAUCUAGGAUGAGUUGCAUGGUAAUGUAUGAUUGUAUGACAUUAUCACUUGUGAUAUUAAAGCUCUUUCAGUAAAACGCUUCA